UUCUACUACCGGUUUCGCCAUUGAAAAAUUAAAAAUUACUGAAAAUGGAGGGAUUAAUUCCCGUUAUUAAUAAACUUCAGGAUGUUUUUAAUACUGUCGGAACAGAUGUCAUCCACAUGCCACAAAUUGCCGUCAUAGGAAAUCAGAGUUCUGGUAAAAGUUCUGUUUUGGAGAAUCUGGUUGGCCGUGAUUUUUUACCAAGAGGUACAGGAAUUGUUACAAGACGUCCUCUAGUAUUACAGCUUAUACAUCUCAGUAAAAAUGACACAGAAACACGAAUGCAUGAUGGAAAAAUGGUCAGAGAGAAUGAAUUUGGUAAAUUUCUCCACACCAAAAACAAAAUCUACACAGAUUUUAAAGAAAUUAAAGAAGAAAUAGAAAAUGAAACUAACAGACUCAGUGGAACCGACAAGGGUAUUUGUCCAGAUCCAAUCAACCUCAAGAUAUUUUCUGAUCGAGUUGUUAAUCUCACAUUAGUAGAUUUACCUGGGAUGACAAAACUACCAGUUGGAGAUCAACCACCAGAUAUAGAAAUACAGAUUCGUGAGCUAUGCCUACGCUAUAUCUCUAAUCCUAAUUCUAUUAUCCUUGCCGUUACAGCAGCUAACACAGAUUUUGCCACAUCUGAAGCUUUAAAACUUGGUCGAGAAGUUGAUCCAGAAGGAAGAAGAACUCUAGCUAUUAUUACUAAGUUAGAUUUAAUGGAUGCUGGUACUGAUGCCAUGGAUGUAUUAUGUGGUAGAGUUAUCCCUGUUAAAUUAGGCAUUAUAGGAGUCGUAAAUAGAAGUCAAGCUGAUAUUAAAUCUAAGAAGGAAUUAAAUGAUGCAUUAAAAGACGAGGCAUCUUUUCUACAGAAGAAAUAUCCAUCAAUAGCCAGUAGGAAUGGAUCUCAGUAUCUCGCUAAAACACUUAAUAGGCUUUUAAUGCAUCAUAUUCGAGAUUGUUUACCGGAGUUAAAAACAAGAGUUAAUGUUCUAAUUGCCCAGUUUCAAUCUUUACUGGCGUCAUUUGGUGAACCUAUAGACGAUAAAGCUCAGGUUUUAUUACAAGUUAUAACUAAGUUUGCUUCAGCUUAUUGUAAUACUAUAGAAGGAACAGCUAAAAACAUAGAAACAUCAGAAUUAUGUGGAGGUGCUAGAAUAUGUUAUAUAUUUCAUGAGACAUUUGGUCGAACUUUAGAAUCAGUUGAUCCACUUGGUGGUUUAUCAACGAGAGAUGUUCUAACAGCUAUACGAAACGCAACAGGUCCGAGACCAGCUCUAUUUGUACCAGAAAUAUCGUUUGAAUUAUUAGUAAAACGUCAGAUACGCAGAUUAGAAGAACCAAGUUUACGUUGUGUUGAGUUAGUUCAUGAAGAAAUGCAGAGAAUGAUUCAACAUUGUGGUACACAGCAAGAAAUGUUACGGUUUCCUAAAUUAUAUGAGAAGAUUGUAGAUGUAGUAACUAAUUUAUUAAGAAGACGAUUACCUCCAACAAAUAGCAUGGUAGAGAAUUUAGUAUGUAUAGAAUUAGCAUAUAUCAACACAAAACAUCCUGAUUUCUCCGAGGCUCAGUCAGUACAUAAGAUGAUGACAGAAAUGACAGUUACAGAACUCACUCAGUCACAUAAACUGGGUCGUGGAGAUGUUUUACAUAAACAGCAUAAUGAAGAAAAGGGUGCUCUGUCUAACGCUGCUUUACAAGAAAAUUUAAAUGGUGGAACAUGGAAGAUAUCCAACUUAAUUCGUAGUUCAAAACUUGACAUCUCAGCCGAUCGGUCUUCAGAGUCUGGUUCACAACCAAACAGUGCUCCAUCUAGUGCUGCCCAAUCUCCCGCCAGACAACUCAAUCCAACCAAUCGUCGUAGUGGUAUUAAUUUACUGCCUGAAGUGCCAGAACAAGCUCCAGUAAUGAAAUUAUCAACAAGAGAACAAAGGGACUGUGAUUGUAUAGAACGAUUGAUAAGGUCAUAUUUUUUAAUAGUAAGAAAGAAUAUUCAGGACACUAUACCUAAAGCUAUCAUGCACUUUCUAGUGAACUAUGUUAAAGAUACAUUACAGAGUGAACUAGUUAGUCAACUUUAUAAAAAGGAAGAAAUAAACAUAUUAUUAGAAGAAUCAGAACAUAUAGCUACACGUAGGAAGGAAGCACAUGAUAUGUUACAGGCUUUACAGAAAGCAAGUCAUAUUAUUGGUGAAAUACGAGAGACUCAUCUGUGGUGAUAAAAGUAGACAAUAUUAGACAUUAACUAGGUGUUUAAUUUAAACAGACAAUCUUAUUAACCAUUAGAUAUUGUUCAUAUUGUGACAUAAUGUCUAUGAAUAGUUCAAAAAGAACCAUGUGCUUCUCAGAUGAAAUAAAAUAUUUGAUGAUUUUUAAUGCAGUUUUUCUCUUACAACUGUUUAAAUGUGGCAUGAUAUUCAUUUUGCUGUAAUUUGUGACUCCAUGCCAGUUGAUUUAGUAUUAUUUAUAUUUCUAACAAUUGGUGAAAAUUUAUUGAAACUUACAUUAUUUAUAUAAAGGAUGCAUGAAAUUUUACCUCCAAAAAUUUAGAAAGUAAAAUAGCCCAGAGAGCUUGCCAAGAUCAAGUCAUAACUUCCAGAAUGAUUUAGGCUAUUCAUUGACUAUAAGAUAUUGCAAUAAGAAAUAGAGUAAAAUGGAUAUAUUUCUGUAAUUGUUACUGACUGUGAUACUACUACUUCAUAAACUAUAAAUAGAAAAUCUCAUAGAAAUCUUUUUAUAAUAUCAAAUAUAUACACAACCCAAUAAUGGUAAAAUAUAAGAGAAUCUAUCAAUAUGUUUAUUUUUACCCAGUAUCAUUUCUGAAGCUACAAAAAAAUACUGAGAAAAUACAAAUUUGAGUUAUUUUAGAAAUAAGCCAAAGUAGCAUAUGAUACAAUUUUGGUCUUAUUUGGAAUAUUGAAAUUAACCAUUAAAUUGGGUUGAAGCUAUUUGAUUUGCUCAAAAUUUUAAAAAUAAGUCUUGGUCUCAUUUGGAAUAUUGAAUUUAACCAUUAAAUUGGGUUGAAGCUAUUUGAUUUGCUCAAAAUUUUAAAAAUAAGUCUUGGUCUCAUUUGGAAUAUUGAAUUUAACCAUUAAAUUGGGUUGAAACUAUUUGAUUUUAUGAAUUUUUUUUUUAAAAAGUUCAAAUUUCUAUCAGUCAGGUAGAUAUACUAGUAUAGUUUUAACCAGAUGCCUCAAACUGCUAAAGAAGUUAAAAUUUGGUUAAUUUAAUGUUCGAUUGGUGAACUACUCUUGAUUGAUGAGGCUUUCUGUAAGACCAGAAUCACAACAAAUGUCAAAGCAAUAGACAGUGUUCGUACCAAACGGGCAAAAUAACCAUACACUGAUUAUUGUGGUUGGAGUUGGGAAGUAGUGAAAAUAAUACCUUGACAGUUACACUGAUAAACCUCGGUGAUUGGCAAACAAUUUAAAAAAAAAAUGUAUGUUGCACAGUAUCCAUUGGAGGAUGGAAUAUGUAAAUAGCAGAUUUCAACAAACCUUAUAUUACAGUCGUGGCCAAAAGAAUAGGACCACGCUUGAAAAUGGUUGGAUUUCUUACAUGUAAAUUCAUUUGAUCAUAUAUCUGCCACCUGAAGACCAAUUUUCACAAAUGAGGUAUCAAUGGAUAGGUUAUGUGAAGUAUGUUCAUUACGCAUGCACAUGCAUGUUUGAAUGGUGAUGUCAUCACGGCUAUGACGUCAUCAACGGAUAGGAGCACGCUUGAAAAUGAUUGGAUUUCUUACAUGUAAAUUCAUUUGAUCAUUCGAUUAAGAACCAUUUAUUUCAUUUGUAAAUGAUAAGCUAACAUGCAAACUAACAUCAGUAACGAUCAGUAGUCAAUACUUUGUGUGUCCUCCGGUGUUGGCGAUGACUGCUGCCAUGCGUUUCAGCAUGCUCUCUAUCAGCUCAUUGCAGUAGUCUCUCGAUAUGAUAAUCCACACCUAUUUGAUGGCAUCUUACAGGCUCUUUGCACUAGAUGUAUGGAGGUCUGCUACUUUGUCCUUAAGUACUGUCCAUAAGUUUUUAAUUGGGUUGAGGUCCUUGACUGAAUUAAAUCUGUUUGAUAAUAAUUUUCUACCACCAUUCCGAUGUUGCUAGCUGCUAAAUCUUUGGUACAAUGUGACGAUGUCAUAGCCAUGAUGACGUCAUCAUUCAAUGAUGCAUGUGCAUGCGUAAUGAAUAUAUUAAGCAUAACCUAUCCAUUGAUACCUCAUUUGUAAAAAUCAGCCUUCAGGUGUCAGAUAUAUGAUCAAUUUAUGAAUUUAUAUGUAAGAAAUCCAACCAUUUUCAAACGUGGUCCUAUUCGUUGAUGACAUCAUAGCCGUGAUGACAUCAUCAUUCAAACAUGCAUGUGCAUGCGUAAUGAACAUACUUCACAUAACCUAUCCAUUGAUACCUCAUUUGUGAAAAUCAGUCUUCAGGUGGCAGAUAUAUGAUCAAAUGAAUUUACAUGUAAGAAAUCCAACCAUUUUCAAGCAUAGUCCUAUUCUUUUGGCCACGACUGUAACACCAGUUGAUUUCAGUAGGUUGAAAUUUUAAACACUGUAUUGAAGAACAGUAACAGAAUAAGAAUAGGUAAACAUAUUAAAACAAAAGUAGAUUUAAUUCAAAAAAUGUGAUGAAAUUAAAGCUUAUCUAAUAGUGCUAUUAUCAGUGGCUCAGUGCAAUGAUGAAGACUGUCUUGAGUUUAUAUAAAGCUUCUCACAUCAGAAAUGUGCUUAUUGGUUAAAUUAACAUUUAAUCAUUUGAUACAAAUUUGAGAAAAGUUACAUUGAUUUAUCAAUAAUUUAUGAUAAGAUAAUAAAACUUACUGUAUACAAAUCUGAAAGUGAAAGUGUGAUCUAAAUGACAUUAUAUACUAUGUUUAAUGGUGUUAACUUAUAAGAGGGAUUAAAACCAAAAUUCUUCUCUUAUCUGGAAGCUGUGUCACUCACCAUUUUUUAUUAACAGAAGUUAAUUUCAAUCAUUGUACUAUCUUUUACUCAUGAUAGUCAGGAACUUGCAUUUGGUGACUUGGUGAUUUCAUGACUAGGAGCCACUAUGACUCAGGAAGUAAGAUGUUGGUGUGCUAACCUGGAGAUUCCAUGUUCGAUCCCUGUGUUGUCAAGAAAGUUUAUCAGGAUAUUCCUGUAUGGUUUCCCCUUUGUCAGUGGUGGAGGAUGGAGGGUGACGGAAAAACAAGGUCUUGUGUACACAUUCUGUGCUUGUAAAAGAUCCCUUCAUGGUUAGAAUUUGAUGUAAGAGUAGGCCGUAACGCCGCUGUCUAGGCAAAAUUUUACCUCAUAGCACACUGUAUGGCUUAUGCCCGUUUUCAUUAGACUCGUUGGAUCAGAACAGUAGGACAUUCCAUUUCAUUUUUCGAUAGCAUAACUUUAAGGAAAUGAAAUGAAAUGGUGUUUAACGUCCUACUGUUCUGCUCCGAACUGAAUGAAGACGGGCAUACGCCAUACAAUAACUUUAAGGCAAAUCAUGUUGAAAAACAAAUGGCGGGUAACAUACCAUCUAGAUAUCAUAGUAUAAUAGUAAUAUUUUAUGGUUUUAAUCCCUUAAAAGUGUAUGUGUGUAACUUUGGGUAAAAUUAUAGAAAAUCGUUUAGAUGUAUGUACUACAUAAAGCUAUGUGUUCACUGGUCAUUUUAUUUGAGCAGUUUUGUGUAAAAACUAAAAGCUUUCAACUAAGUUUAUUGGAUAGAUAUAUCUCCCAAAAUAUGCUAUAUUUAGUUAGAGUAUUGUAACAUUUUGUCAUGUUUAAGAUACCAUACAAGUAAAUCUAAGGCAAUUUGAUAUUUCAUAAAAAUGACUUAAAUCACUCUGUUCAUUUAAAAAUCAUCCUUUGAAAAGUAUUACACAAUAGGAAAAUUCUGUUAGUUUUAAUAACUCAAGUUAUUGAUUUCUCCACCUUUAAAAUGUCUCCACUUCAACUACAACAAAUAUUUGUCUUCACAAAAUAGUAUCAUUGACUCUGGCCCUCCAGAUAUACAGUUUAGGCUGUAUAGUUGUAGUAGAGCACAUGUGUACUCCGAGGAUCCAGACUGGUUCUAAACAUGAUUUUGUUUGUGUUUAGACUAAAUAGAAAAUAGAAAAAAAAAACAAUACUAAGCAAGGUAUUGUUUAAGCCAGUAGACUGCAGACAUACUAAAUCAACACAAAAAAAUAUGUCUUGCUACAGUAUUGUAUAACUGUAUAUUGAUCAAACAAAACAUAAGUAUUCAGUUUUAUUAGAAGUUCGUUAAGGAAAAAAAAAUCACUUCUUAUUCUUCCUAGUCAGGUUUUCUAUUGUAUUCUCCAGUUCUAUUCUAAUGAAUUUUAUUUAAAUAUCUUGAUGAAUGGACUUUUAGGAUAGAAUUCCACUAUGGCCAGUUUGAUUGCAUUGAUAUUUAUCAAAACAAAUUGACCAAAAAUAUAUUUUCUGAUUAGACAGGAAUGAUUUAAUUUCUUUUUACCAAUUGUCUUUUAUCCUUUACAGAGUAUACUUAUUAUACCAUAGCAUAUGUAUUAUACCAUAGCAUACUUAUUAUACCAUAGUGUGACACUGUCUUGUAUGUAUUUUGACAAAGAUUUACAUGUAUAUUAUAUAAACUCAAAUAGGUAUAUGGCCAUCAUCUUUUUAAAUAUACUUAAAGUAUGGCAUCUCUUUUACUUUAAGUUAAAAGGAAGUGUCAAUUUCUUUAUAUAUGUGUGUAAGACAUCUUGGCAGUAAUUGAAUUGCAAUCUACAUUUAACAUUGAUUUGAAUCUAGGGAUUAAAAAAUUUAAAAAGACCAGACUGUCUAUAAAUAAAAGCUGGCCUUUGCUAAAAUGAGAAAAUUUUAGGGAGAUAAACCUCAGUCUACAUAUAAUCAGAGAGACAUUUUUAAUUUUUCUGCAAAGCAAAGAACUGUUCUUUUAUUAAGUUUUCCUUUUUUUCGUACUUGUACAAUUGCAGACAUUACCCAAUAGUAUUGUUUUUGUUUAUAAUCAAACUAUAGCAAGACCCCUGGUGAUAAAUAUGAAUAAAUUGUCUGUAUUUGUAUAUUAACUUUGUACAUAAUAAUAUUGUGUAGAUAUUAGUUUUCUUUAUAGACCAAUACAAUCUUCUUCUACUCCAGGUUUUGUCACUGGAUAAUCUGUAAAUUUAUAGUGUAGACUUGUGUUAUAUUAUAUCCAGACACUUGUAUUUUUGUUAUUAAAAAAAAUGGUUACAUGAACUUUAAAAGUGAGAUAAGUAAUUGAAAAAGUUGCCUUUCUCUUCAUAUGAAUUAUUGAAACAGUCGGACGAAAAUCAAAACUUGACCUGACCGCUAAAUGAAAGGUUAAAGAUUCGUAUAAAACAGGUACACUUCGGGUUGGCUGAGCUUUGAAUCAUCCAACAGUUUCGUCUUCAAUAAAUAUUAGAUUUUCUUAAACAGGUGAACUUAAAGCAACGGGGGUGGGCCUGGGUGUUGUCUGGACCUGUGAACUCUGCUUACCUCUCGACCCAAUUGUAAGUUUUCGAGACCUCUUUACAUUGGGUUAAUUCUUUUCUGGUAUUAUGUAAAUCUGUGUAUCAUAAUAUGUUGUUAAAUAUUUGUAAAAAGUUUAGAUAUUUUAUAGCAUUCCUUAUACAGACUAGUAGCAUUAGUGUAGAAUUGCUAGUUUAUAUUUCAGUAUAGUCAUUAAUUAAUUGAUGUGUCUGUGAUUGAACAAUACUUUAAAACAUAAAUACAA